UAUCAGAGGAAUUAAACUGGGGCAAGUUUACCCUGCUGGUUUUUACUUACAAGCUUUGUGCAUUAUUCACAUGGAAGAUCCUUAUCAGAGACGGCCUGUAAUGAUCAGCUUAUAGUCGGUCGUCUCUGAGACUCUGUUUGACUCCACACUGCUCUGAAAAAGAACAGAGACACAGACACGAUGGUGAAGGGAAAGAAGAAAUCAAGCGAACCAUCAGGUAGAAAAAUCACACUUAAGAUGGCCAAGAAUGCUCUGAGGGUGACCGUAGACGGCAAACGCCGCCUCGACCUCAGCAACAUGGGGAUUUCCACAUUUCCAAAGUGCAUCCUGAAACUCUGUGAUGUAGACGAGCUAGACCUCAGCCGAAACCUCCUCAAGAAAAUCCCAGACGCCAUCGACAAAUUCGUCAACCUGCGUCUGCUGGAUCUGCACAGCAACCAUCUGGAGCAUCUCCCCGCAGCUAUAGGCCGUCUGCAAAAUCUCUACAGCCUCAAUCUGUGCAACAACCGUCUCACAAGCGCUAGUCUUCCUCAUGAAAUGGGGUUCUUGAGAAACCUCCGAAUCCUAAAUCUAGGAAUGAAUUGCAUUGAAACUCUUCCUCCGACUGUGUCUGCCCUCAAAGAGCUCCGAGAGCUGGGGCUCUUCAAUAACCUCCUGACGCAGUUGCCUAAGAGUCUACAAAACCUCCCGAAACUGCAGAAGAUAAACGUCAAAUCCAACCCAAUGCCUUCAGACGAGGAUCCAGAAGUGGAUCGGAUUCAGAGAGUGGAGAGUCUGUAUCUGGUGAAGGAAGACUGUCUGUGUACUGACUGUCUGAAGAAGUGUAGAGAGGAAAGAGAGAAGUUAGACGGUCGGAUGAGCGCGGCUUCUACGUUAAAGAAGUCUAUCUUUGCAGGUCUCAUAACGCCAAACUCUGUAGCACAAGAAAACCAGGCUGUGUGGAGGUGAAGAUGAGAAUUAAAGGGGCAGUUCACACGAAAAUGA